AUGCGCCAGCUUGCUGGCCUCCUUACUCUUGUGAUCCUCGUCGUUUCGACGCCAAGUGAGCUGCAUCUAACUACCGAUGACGAGGGAUAUCUCACAGUCAUUCAAGGAUUCGCUGCCCAACUCAACUGCGUUGUUAACACGUGCUCCCCAAAUGUGAUUUGGUUGAAAGACGACAUCCUCAUCUUCAACGGCACAAAAUUCGCUCAGUCAGCCGCAUUGGACGAGAAAUCGUACAAAUUGCAACACAUAGUUGAUGUUGAUUACGAAAAAGGAUGUUCGGAGACCUGCGACGAUACGAAGCCAUGUCCUGUCGGCACGUCUUGCGUAGACAAUCAGUGCUGUAGCUGCACCAAGGAAGAGUAUACCCUCAUACUGAGGAAUCUUACCUUCGAGGACUCCGGUCGCUACAAAUGUCAAAUUGCUAAUCAGUCUGAACAACUCGAGUUCCAAGUAGAAGUGCUCGAAUCCGGACUGAAAGGCGGGUUUCAUGAGAACAUUUCCUACGAUCAUUCUGAGUGCUGUCACGAAAAAGGGAUAUCAACACUAUGCCGAGCAAUGUGCAAACCGAGCGAAAUGGCUCAGUACCACUUUGAUCCUACCAGCUGUAAAACGGAUGACUACAAGAACUUUCUGUCCUGUGCGACUGACAACGGCACUCGCAGCCAUGUGCACUGCUGCAAGACGCAACUUGUGCCAUCGUUCUGUUACGACUUCUGCUCAGGAGACUUCAAGAUGCUGCGUCGAUCCCACCGCCUCUGCCUCUACUAUCUCCCGGAGAUCUUCGAGUGCUACAAUCGAGCCUACCUGCCGUAUCCCGAUCCUCCCGAGCAAGUGCUAGUGAAUGCAGUUGAGCAUGACAAGCUGAGUGUCUGUUGGCGACCACCGCCCGUGCACGACUCCAACAAGAACUUCCCCGUCAUUGACUACACCGUCUAUUACAAGGAAAUUCCAAACUUCCCCCUUAUGGGAGGUGAUAUUGGUGUCCCACUAUUGAACGGCGACUAUUCGGAGUUUGGGGAUAUCGACGACGACGUAGACUAUACGGGCUCCGAUGCUACCACCGAAAAACCAGCAGAUCGAGCUCGACGGGAUGAUAGGGGUGAACUUGAUCUUCAACCACCAGCAGACAUGGCAGGCAUUCCCAAAACUUUUGCAUCCGAAUCCAGUGACUUCGGGGUUUUAAUGCUGAACUUUUUUCAGAAAUCGUUGAGCCUGAGGCUUAGGCGAAAGCGUGACACGGUGGUUGUAAUGACAAGGGACGAAGCGACGAACUCAACCACUAUUCGCGAAUUCAAUUUCCAAAGCAUCAAUACAACUGGCACUUGCCAAACCAUCACUGAUCUUCGUUCUUCAACUCGAUACAUCGUCUAUGUGACUUCCCGGAACGAGUACGGUACCAGUGUCCCGAGUGUACGUUCGAUUGCCAGUACGAAUGUACACAUGGUGAAGAACAACGACAGUAUUCCUGAUGUAAUGAAAUGCUGCAAGGAAAACAAAGUAUCAGAGUUCUGCAGUGCGAAGAUGUGUACUGUGGAGACAUCACCGAACGCUUUCGCUACCGUUUCCAUCGCCACCACUUGUCGAGUCGAAUGGCCAAAGGUAUCUCCCUGUUUGGCAGACGGCCGCAAUCAUACCGAGUGCUGCCGCAGGAAAGGCGUUCAGAACGAUUGCUUGCCGAUUUGUGCCGGCUCAACUGAAUCUCUCGGCGUCCACUCUGUGCUAUGUCUCAAUCUCGACCUUCAGGCUAUCUAUCAGUGCCUUCGAGAGGGAUACGAAUCACAUCCAUCUCCUCCUGUCAAUGUCACGGUAACAUCCGUAAGCGAAUCCUCAGCUGAAAUCACAUGGGCCGAGCCAGAUUCCAAUGCCCAUCUCGUUGAAACAUACACUUUGCUCAUCCGAAAGGUGGAACACGGUGCUCGAGUCAGAGAGGUUCACAAUGCUGUCUCACCGCAUACAGAAAUCAGUUUGGAUCCCGACAGUGAAUAUUCGGUGUCGGUGAGAUCGAAUUCCCAACAUGGCACCUCAUUACCUUCUACUGCUGUUUUGUUCUAUACAAAAUCGGACAGUCGCGGAGUUUGUGCUAUUGGAGAACCGUUGCUGAUUUCAGAGGGACGACCCUUCCUAUGCAGCUCUAGCCAUCCAUGCCCACUUGGCUUCCGAUGCACAGACGUCGAAGAUGAGGCCUACUGCUGCCAGAAAGAUGACCUCAAUAAAUGGGUACAAUGUGCAUCUGAAGGUCGCGACCACUCACGAUGCUGCGAGAAAGAAGAGGUUCCAAAAGAAUGUCUCACUGGCUGCCGACAUCCGUUCCAGGUCCCAGACACAUGUUUCCACUCAUUGUCGAAGCUUUCCACCUGCUUCUCAGCACCUCAUGUUGGCCUACCAGCAGCAGUUCGACGUCUAAAGGUGUUACAAAUCACUCCCAACUCUGCUCUCCUCACAUGGGAGGACCCAGAUUAUGGUGUAACUGGGUACAAAGUCGAGGUGUUUUCCAACAAUGGCUUAGUGAGCUCAUCUGAUGUCACUACGGAAAGUCACCGUCUCGAGAACCUCACCCCUGCUAGCGAAUACCGUGCAAGAGUGACGUCGAUGAAUAGUCAUGGCAGCAGCCCUCCUUCAUUCAAUGCUACGUUCACUACACUUCCUGCCAAAAUAGUGGAUGGUGAUCGUCCAAAAGCUCCCGAUGGCGUAAGCGUUGUGUGGAACUACGGUAACCGAGUUAACAUCUCUUGGAACGCAGUCACCUCCAGAAUGGAUGAUAGCCCGGUCGUUGGUGUUGUGGCGUACACCCUCUACUAUGUGGAGGCAGAAAAAACUGGACAGUGGACGACGCUGCAAACGAACGAUACCUGGGUGGUAAUGAACGACCUGAAGCGGGACGCUCUUUAUUCCCUCUACGUCAUGGCAAGCGAAAAUGGAAAGACGAGUCGAAGCUCUUCCGUAGUCACCGUACUUGCACAACCAGAUUUGCUUGGAUUACCCGAACCUAUCGUCAAAAUCACUCCGGAUCAUCUCGACGGCAUCUACUUGCAAAACGACAAAAUUACCAUCAAUUGUUCAGUCCCAGUCGACGUUGUUAAGGGUCAUCUGAAUAUCGACCUCAACGCGGGAACACAUUCUGCAAGCAACGACCACGGAGUUUCGUGGGUGGCCGAAGAAGUCGAAGCAGAUUCUUCAAUCGACACGGUCACUUGUGCCGUUACGGAUACCGACGGUCGUCAAAACGUUGCUAUGAGACACUUGCUUGUGAAGUUUGGCCCGGUUGCCAAGAUGGACAAGGAGAAGGUGCGUGCGUUCGACGAUCAAUCGGCCGAUCUCAGCUGCACGGUCAAGGGUUUCCCGUCACCAGCGAUUCGUUUUGAAAUCGAUGGCAAGGCAGCUGAAGGAGAGACGAGGGUGAAAGUUGUGGCCAUGAAUACCUACAGAGCGACGUUGCAUCUGCGAAAUGCCAAGGAUAAAGCUGGCGUUUAUUCGUGUAUUGCCGAAAAAGAUGGCAGCCAUUCUGUCGAUACCGCCGAGUUGAUCAUUUCUCGUGAACUGCUUCCUGUCAAUCCCAGACUUAUCUUGUCGUGCUGCGAAGACGAGCAUAUCGAAGGCGAUUGUCUGCAGGCUUGCACUAUAGGAAAGGUGACGUGGGAUGACAGUGAUGCUGGUGACACUUACCGCUACUAUGCAGUGUACUACAAGAAGAGAGAUGAAGAAGGUGAAUAUAAGAUGGAGAAACUCACGACGCGUUCCGUGGAACUGAAUAUCGAGCCUGAUACCGCGUAUGACGUUGGAAUCAUCUCUGCGAACGCAUUCGGCCACAGUCCACUGGUUUUCCUAGACGUGCCGUCCACAAGCGUUGGGAAAUCAAAGUCAUCUUCGUCGGGCGGUUCGUCAGCUUUCUUCAUACUCCUGCUCCUUUUAUGCUGCGGAUUCGUCAUUAUCGGAAUCAUCUAUCUUGGAAGAAGACGAGAUCUGCCUGCACCGUUCGGAAAACUCAUUCGACGGCAACAACCUGCACGAGGACAUCCAACAGUUGCCUUCGAGAACCCCGCUUACGGUAGGGCUUCCUUACAUUCCUAUACACAUCUUUUAUUUUGCAUUAGCUUAUUGCAUGCAAGCUAUCAUGUAAAUGGUCAGGAUAACACUUAUUAUCCUUUUUCAGUGUCUGGUCAUGAAGUAGAGAUUCGAGGCCUGGGUGGAGGUGGAACGGCGAACGGCGAGGCUGACUGGCAGAGUCAGGACCUACAACCAACUACCGGACCAGAAGAAUACCGCAACGGCAUGCGAUAUGCGAAACUGGAAUCGGCGUAA